CUAGCGUUAAAACUCCUGGAGGGUCCGUGUUUUCAGCGAUGCCACCGCAGGGAGGUGGAGAAUAUAAGCCUGUUCCAGGUACGGUUAUGCCGCCGGUACCCCCGAGGAGAUUCAGGAGCAGAGAUCUGUCAUCCGCGGUAAAGAGCCGCUUCGGAGCGGCAGCGGAGCGCAGGGUGAAGUGCGUGCUGGUUGGUGAUGGUGCAGUGGGUAAAACUAGUCUCGUUGUGAGCUACACCACCCAUGGAUAUCCCACCGAGUAUGUUCCAACAGCGUUUGACAACUUUGCAGCGGUCGUAGCUGUGGAUGGCAAGCCUGUGAAACUUCAGCUUUGUGACACAGCCGGUCAGGAUGAGUUUGACAAGCUCCGGCCGCUGUGCUACACCAAUGCUGACGUCUUCCUUCUCUGCUUCAGUGUGGUAAGUCCCUCCUCUUUCCAGAAUGUGAGGGAGAAGUGGGUGCCUGAGAUCUGCCAGCACUGUCCGAGGGCACCGAUACUGUUGGUGGGCACUCAGGCUGACCUCCGGCAAGACGUCAAAGUGCUCAUCCAACUGGCCCAGUACAAGGAGCGGCCGGUGGACCCCCAGGAGGCCUGCAUGUGUGCUAAGGAAGUGCAGGCCAUCUCGUACAUGGAGUGUUCAGCGCUCACCCAGAAGAAUCUGAAGGAGGUGUUUGACACCGCUAUAGUGGCCAGUGUCCAGUACUCGGACAGCCAGCAGCAGAAAAGACUGAAGAAGCGGACACCCGAUAAAAUGAGGAAGCUGUCCGAGUCCUGGUGGAAGAAAUACUGCUGUUUGGCGUAGAUGUGAGAAAAUGAUUGCGCACUGUUGAUGUGAAUGCGGUUAGACUGGAACUGGCUUUUAUGAAUAAAAAUGGACGCAGCUCCAUCUGCUUUAUGAGACCGUGUUAGUGGAUUAACUGGAGCACAUUUCAUGUGGUCAUGAAAUUAAUAUUUUUUAGAAAACAUCUGCCAGCUUUAUGAUGAAAUGGAAAGAUUCGUAGAGCCUCAAAGUUGUUCCGCUUCAUUUUAGGAUCUGCUCUUCAUUUGGAAAGUCCCGAAUUAACCUCAAAUACUCAUGUGAACAAUUUAGGGUGAGAGUCAUCUGUCUUUCUUUACCUUAUCUUUUGUUGAAGAGGGUUUAAAGUGGACUUAAGGAUUGUUUUUCUAUCAAAGAUGUAGUUUAGACUGCCAGAACUUUCCUUCUUCAUUCAGACUCUGUCAAAGCAACCCUAUUGGUUCGUCUCCGCAAAACCGUAGCAUUAUAUUGGUGCUUACAUGAACGGAAUUGCUUGCCUUUGUUAUUCCUCUGUCUUGGAAGAGGAGGGAUUCAGAGCGGGUUCAGUCUGAGAUACUCAAGUGCUCCUUCAUGUAUCUGUCAAAGCAUUAAGUGUGAUGUAGAGUACAAGCAGAUGCUUGGACACACUAUCAACUUGACAUCACUGAUAUUUACCUUGUUGUCCUCUGAGGGUGAAUGAUUGUCCAUUUCAGAGACGGCAGGACACUGGCACAUCUCUCCAGGCUGUCUUGUUUACAUUUGGAGUUAAGUCCAGACCCAAACAUGCUGUGAGGUCAGGGUCUUUUAGUGUAAGUACACCUCAGUAGGCCAGUUGGAUUGUAUAUCUGGUCAUUGAACCUGGAGUUUCAUCAAAAAGUAUUUUGAGUGAAGCAUUUCAGUGCUGUCAUUGAGUCAGAUGUUACUGGGUUUUUAUAGGAAUAUACUGUAAUGUUCAUAAGUUUGGGGCUGGUAAGUUAGAUUUUAUGUUUGUGAAAGAAGUCUCUUGCUCACUAAGAUUGCAUUUAUUAUAUACUGUAAAGACAGUAAUGUAAAAUAUUACUACAAUAAACAGUUUCUAUUUUAAUGUAUUUUAAAAUAUAAUUUAUUCAUGUGAUGACAAAGCUGAAUUGUCAGCAGCCAUUACUCCAGUCUUCAGUGUCACAUGAUCCUUCAGAAAAAUUCUAAAAUGCGAAUUUAGUGCUCAAGAAACAUUUCUUGUUAUUAUCAAUGUUAAAAACAGUUGUGCUGCUUUAUAUUUCUGUAGAAACUAUGAUGCAUUUUUUUCAGGAAUCUUUGAUGAAUAGAAAGUUUAAAAGACAGCAUUUGAAUUAGAAAUC